ACAUUGACAGAUAGCCAAGAAGAUUCCAGGCUACACAUAUAGCUCUCAGCUCUUGAAGAGGUAGAUUAAUCUAGACGGUUGGUAUGGCAUCCAUCAAGGGUCCCGGUGCACCCAAAACCUACGACGGCUCCGCACUGCGCAUCGGCAUUGUGCACGCGAGAUGGAACACUAAAAUCAUUGACGCGCUUCUGGAGGGUACCAGGAAGAAGUUGAAGGAGGCGGGUGUCAAGGACGAGAACAUUGUUGUGCAGACUGUGCCAGGCAGUUAUGAGCUGCCGUACGCUGUCAAGCAACUCUACUCGGCCUCGCAGAUUCAGUCUUCCUCGACAGGCGUGGUAGGCGCAGCUGCCGACCUCCUAGGCUCCACGUCUGACCUCACUUCUCUCUCCAUAACACCGUCCAAGACGUCCAACUCGCCCUUUGACGCUAUAAUUGCCAUUGGUGUGCUCAUCAAGGGCGAGACGAUGCACUUUGAGUACAUUUCGGAAGCGGUAAGCCACGGGUUAAUGAGGCUGCAGCUGGAUAACAACGUGCCCGUCAUCUUUGGCCUGUUGACGCUGUUGAGCGACGAGCAGGGACUUGUGAGGGCGGGAAUUGGGGGCAAGAACGGCAACGAAGGACACAACCAUGGCGAGGACUGGGGCAGUGCGGCGGUGGAGCUGGGUGUCAAGAGGAGGGGAUGGGUUGAGGGAAAGUUUGUGGACUAGGCGGUAUGUAGGCAUUUGUCUGCUGCUCGAGAUUCAGAAUUCAGGAUUCAACAUGGUA